GAUUAACACCUUGCUUUACGAAAGUGGACACGUUGGUUUACAGUCAGGUUAUGUAGUUGUGUUUACGUUUGUUUGAUAAGACUUUCAUAAAAUAUGGUUUCGUUAAUUAGUACGAUAGAUACUGGACACGAAGAUAUUAUUCAUGAUGCAGAAAUUGAUUAUUAUGGAUUGCAGCUUGCGACUUGUUCAUCUGACAAUUCUGUCAAAAUAUUUAGUGUUAAAAAUGGUACACAGGCUUUAGUAGCUGAACUUAAAGGCCACUAUGGACCUGUGUGGCAAGUCUCCUGGGCUCAUCCGAAAUUUGGCAACAUUUUAGCCUCUUGUUCCUAUGACAGAAAAGUCAUAGUUUGGAAAGAAGGAGGUAAAGAGUGGUCAAAAGUACAUGAAUACAACAAUCAUGAUGCAUCUGUGAACUCUGUUAGAUUUGGUCCCCAUGAAUAUGGACUUGUUUUUGCUUGUGGAAGUUCUGAUGGUGCAAUUUCUAUUGUCACAUUGAAUCCAAGUACUGGUCUUUGGGAUCAUCAAAAAAUUCCGAAUGCUCAUGCUAUUGGUUGUAAUACUGUUAGUUGGGCACCUGCAGGGUCCCUCCAAUCACAAGGGAAAUGGGGACAAAAGAAGCAAAUUGUCUCUGGGGGCUGUGAUACAUUGAUUAAAAUAUGGCAAGAAGAGGGAAAUCAUUGGGUAGAACAAAUUAAAUUAGAUCUACAUUCAGACUGGGUAAGGGAUGUUGCUUGGGCACCAUCUAUAUGCCUACCCCGCAGUACAAUCGCAAGUUGCUCUCAGGAUCGCAAAGUUAUUAUUUGGACCAGUACAAACAAUACUCAGUGGGUUCCGAAAAUAAUAAACACCUUCAAUGAUGUGAUUUGGAAUGUCAGUUGGUCUUUGACAGGUAACAUUUUAGCUGUAUCUGGAGGUGACAACAAAGUUAGUUUGUGGAAAGAAAAUACUGAAGGCAAUUGGAUUUGUAUCAGUGAUGUAAAUAAAAUGCCAAACCAGUCAAGUAAUGAACAAAGAGCUUUAUAAUUUAUUUGAUGUUAAAUAAGAAUGGGAUGAUUUGUUUUUAGCAUAUUCUGUUUGCUGCUAUCACUUUAUGAAUUAAUUUUAUUAUAUAUGUUUAAUCUUUAUUUAUAUGUUAUAUAUUUCUAUUGUUCAACAUCAAAUACAUAACAAUAAUAUACUCUUAAAUAA